GAAAUAGCCUGACGCUCGUCGUCCUGAUUUCAUUGAACGCGUGCAGCGCAAAGGCGACACAACAAGAUUAUCACGAACUCGAUAGAGAGUUGAAUGACAGCAUAGAAGAUGGUCAAAUAGUUCGACCACGGGCACCACCACCUAUACGACCACCGUCAGACGGUCAAGGAAAUGACACCGUUCCCAAUGGAUCUCAUUUACUCUGCAAACCUUUUGGCGCAUGCGAGCCAUGCCCACCAGACGCUGUGUGUACUAGUCUACUUUUGGUAUCCAUAGUCUUUCGCUAACGGAUCUACCGUCCUCAAGUUACACCAACCCUUCUGCCAGCCAUUCGGAAACCGCAGACUCAUGCACUGUCUAAACGCAACGGAAUCAAACCCUGAGUCACCUCGCUUCGCCCAAGACUCUGGUGGGAAUGGAGGAAGUAGCAAGAACUCCGGCUCGUCUGGUGAUAUGCCCGGCGAAGCACCCAAGGGGGAGACCCUCGCUUGGGAAUCUUGUGGGCGUAUUCCGUCUCAAGAACGUGCGGACUUUUUGGAAUUCGUGGCUUGCAACGUUAUCUUUGCGAUUGUUGCUAUUGGACUUGUAAUGUGGAGAUCGAAGGUGGUGCAGGCACGGCAAGCGAGGGUGUUAGCGGCGAGGAUUGGGUUGGUGGGAGGAAGAGGAAGGAGAUGA